AUGAACCAACAAGCCUCUACCGCUCGAGCUCUCCCCAAGCUGAAGGUCUCGCAUUGGCCUCACAUCAUAUACUGCGGGAACAGCCAAUGGGCAGAGCUUGAAUGCUACCGCUGCCAUGGCAACGGCUCGACCGGCAACGGUACGCACGCAUUCAAGUUCUUCAGCGGCCUCACGGCCUUGGGCAUCCAUCUCUCUUUAAUCCAUGGUGUCGAGCUAGCCCACGAUGAAAUCAAGCGCCUGUGCACAACUCGUGCCCUAAGCCAGGCGGCGCUCUUGGCGCUCUUGAACGGUACUAGCAACGCGCGCCCGGUAGAGAAGCGCGUUUGCGAGAUGAUGACGGUCGAGGAGAAGAUGUCACUCGUGACUAUGGCGACUCGAGACGAGAUCGAUGCAGACUUCGCAGCCAUGGGCAUAUCUGUUAGACCAGCUUCGGUAAACCCGACCGCCGGAAACGCCCAAACCCGUGAUAGAGACGAACGUGCUAGAACUGAGGCUGAGCCAGAACUUUCCGCUACCGAUAGCGAUGAGGCUCAGGAGGAACAGGACGCCAAUAACUCCGGGGAUAGUACAAAUCUAGAAUUUGGAAUUAGCGAAGGAGAAGCCUCCACCAAUGGUAAUCAUCUCAAUGAGCCUACCACCGGUCAGAGUCGGGAGACUGAGGAUGACGAGAUCGAGAACAACGCCAAUGCCCAGAACACCAUCAAUAACGAAGAUACAAUGGAUGUUCGUGGAAAUAGCGAUGAAGAGAUGACAGAAGCGAAUUUGGGAGCGGACGAGAACAACCAGACAGACUCAAGCACUCCUGAUGUGGCAGUUUUGGCUAGGGCGUUUCGAUACACCGAUUAUUCUCUCCGCCAGCGAAAGAAGUAG